GGUUGGAGCAAACAGCUGAGAGAGCCCGAUCAGUCUUUAUCCUGCAGACUCUAGCGCUCCUUUUACUUCAACACUGCUCGGAGUAACUGCGGAAUAACUAGACGACAUUUUCUCGCUUCAACGUUUGGACUUUUGAAAGAAUCUUUUAAACGCUCAUUUUUGCUUUAUUUCUUUUGACGGAAUAAAAUCUCAAGACUCCGUGACAAUGCGUCUGAUUCAGAACAUGAUCACCAUCGCCGAAUGCCCGACUCCGGAGUGCCCUUCCAACCGGGUCAUCAAAAUAGCCGUGAUCGGUGGCAGUGGGGUUGGCAAAACAGCGCUUGUGGUGAGGUUUCUAACAAAACGUUUCAUCGGAGACUACGAGAGAAAUGCCGGUAACCUAUACUCACGAGAGGUGCAGGUCGACGGCGAGCAAGUAGCCGUGCAGGUCCAGGACACACCCGGCGUCGAGAUGACCAACAAUGCGGUCCUCCUCUUCCCCGACCACGUGACCCGCUCUGUCCAAUGGGCGGACGCGGUGGUGCUGGUCUAUUCGGUGGCGGAUCGCGCCAGCUUCGACCUGAUCUCCGGCCUCCACCAACAGGUGGUGCAAGCGGGCGGCGCCCAGCCACGCGGGCCCCCGCCUCCCAUCAUCCUCCUGGCCAACAAGUCUGACCUGGUGCACCUGCGCCAGGUGGACCCCGAGCAGGGCCCCCUGCUGGCGGCCGCGUUGGCCUGCAGCUUCUACGAGCUGUCUGCCAGCGAGGACUACAGCCAGGUGCACGGCGCCUUCCACCGGCUCUGCGGCGAGCUGGCCAAGCGGCCCGCCCCCGCCCCCGCCCCCGCCCUGGCCGCGGCGACCUCCAACUCGGAGAAGAGGCGCUCGGCACUCAUCCCGCGGCCAAAGUCGCCCAACAUGCAGGACCUGAAGCGGCGCUUCAAGCAGGCGCUGUCGGCCAAGGUGCGCACCGCUACAUCUGUGUGAGCUGUGGGAAGGGGGAGUGGAGAGAACCACCGAAGAACAGAUUGAACAGAACAGAACAGAGGAGUUGAAUGUCCUCUCGCUUCACGUCAAGGCUUCUGGGAUGCGUCAAGUACCAGACUACUCGGACAGUGCCAGAGACUGUCGCGACCUCUAGUUUGGGCCAAUCAUCGGGGGUGCAGAAUUGUGUAACGGUUUGACCCGAUUGGUGGAGGGGGUUGAAAGGUUGAGAUCCCCGAUCAGCCACGAAGAUCAAGGAGAAGGACAAGCCUGAGAUCGAUAACUGCAGACAGACACACGGUGACUCCAGAACUAUAGCUCAAGCCUUCAUCAACAGCCAGGCUGCUGCUGCUGCUGCUGCUGCUGCUGCUGCCCUGGCAACGGGCCCGGUGAAGGGCAUGCUGGGUAUUUUUCCCUGAAGGCCAUUGUGGUUUCUUCAGUAUUUAUCCAAGCUGUGACAGAGUUAAACAAGAGCCUAGUAAGGGCUGGCUCUAGACUGUUUGAACUUUAUCGUUAUGCUGAGCAGAGUGGAUGUACUCUGCCUCACACAAACAGAAAGAAGCAUUAUGUUGUGUUUCUUGAAUUUGUUUUAUCAUGCACUUUAGGAGUUCAGUCACUUAUUUAUUGUAUUUUAUUUUUCUCCUGUUUUGAUAAAAUAAAAUUGUUACGUUUUGAUAAAGGUCUCUGGUUUUCACAAAAAAUGUUUUUGAGUAUCAUUACCAGCCUGAGAAAUUGCUGUAGAUUCACCAUUUACAAAACUGCCAUUUCCAAGAGAGACGGCAGUAAAAAAUUUGCAGUCAAAGAUAAAACGUAGAUCUGCAACAACCAGCAUGAUGACUCAGCCGAAGUGUGAAGUGUUUGUGGGUGUGUGUGAGAAAAGCUGUUGCAUCAACGCAAAGGGAAACCUUGGGGAUGGCUUAGCACUAUGGAGGUAGGUCGGCAACAAAUAAAGGUUGGCACUAUGGAGCUGGCUUAGGCCUAAAGAGAUAGGCUAACACUGGGUUGCAUUAGCGGGAGCUAGCCCUAACACUAUCUAGAUCGGUAAGCAUGAAGAAAAGGAAUAUAAACGGAUUCGACCAAUACCAGCUCACUUCUCCUACACACCAGUUAAUCUUUAUAAAAUCGACAAAAGCCUCCCUAACACUUGCCCAUCUAUUGAUAACAUUAAUCCUUAUUCCCCCUCACACUCAGUGAUCACUAGCACACCUUAUCAACCAAAAUCACAACCUAAA